AUGAAAUCUCUCAACUUUCAAUCUGUCGUUUCGCAGUUUUUCGAGUAUGAGAGUACUGUUGUUGUCCGUUGGCCACUUCCAUUCAUCAUCAUUCCUCCACUACUAACGGUCUCAAUUGUGACUCUCACGGUUACAAAUUUCCAUUUGAAUGUUACAAACGACACUCUUCAAGUAUUUCUUCCGGAUGAUAUGAGAAGUUUGAGGGAUUUGAAAGAAUUAUUGGAUAUGUUUCCACCAAAAGAUGCUCAAAGAGACACUUAUAGUAUAUUCGGAUCGAAAUUUGUGUAUACUGUAAUAGAGGAUGAGAAUCCGGAAGGCAAUAUUCUCUCGUCUUCUGGAAUUCAGAGGAUGGCGAGACUUCAUAAGUUUGUGAUGGGGUUGGAGACAAGACAAGGUGACAACGUUGCUAUGAACUGCUUAAGGAAUCGAGAUGAUGAAGCUUGCACAAUGCAUCCGAUUGCUUUUGCAUUGGAAGAUAGUACACCGGAAUUCGCCAUCCAAUUCCUUCUACGAUAUCCAAAUUUAAAGUUCGGGGACUUUAUUGUGGAUAAUGCAAUGGUUUUUGGCGGCGUCAAAAUUGAACCAAAAUCUCACGAUAAAGAAGGAAACUCUCCAAUUCGAUCUUCAAAAGCGGUUCGAAUGACUUAUAUAUUCGAGGCUAGUGAAUCAACGGAACGAUGGAUAGACCUAUUUCUCACAGCAAUACCCCGUUACAAAGAAUCCAACUCAACAAUAUUAUGGUCAUCAUCUAAAAGUCUUGCAAAAGAAAUGGAGAGAAAUGGGGAAUUAUUGAUACCAUGGAUGCCAUGGACAUCAUUAGUUCUCGUUGUAUUCUGUAUGUUCGCAUGUUCCUCUUUCCAAGUUGUCAAAUCUCAACCGUUUAUUGGAUUUUUCGCCAUGUUUAAUGCAACAAUGGCUACAAUUGCAUCAACUUCUCUCCUCAUUUAUUUACAGUAUCCGUUUCUCCCACUGGUUUUUAUCAUGCCAUUUUUAGUUGUUUCCAUCGGAACUGACAACAUGUUUCUGAUGCUGAAAAGUUGGAGGAUGACCAAAAAGUCAUCCAACGAAGAACAAAGAUACAUUUAUGCCCUCACUGAAUCUGCUGCAUCUCUAUUCCUGACUUCUCUGACGGACGGUUUAUCCUUCGCUAUCGGAAGUAUUUCAGAUUUUCAUGCAGUUCGAGUAUUUUGUACAUAUUGCGCAAUGGCAAUUCUCUUCAUGUUCAUAUUUCAAGUCACAUUUUUCAAUGCUGUCAUGUCAUUAUGUUGUCGGAGAGAAGUUUCUGGAAGGCAUCCCGUUUUUUGUUGUUAUGAUACGGCACCAUCUAAUGAAACCAAAAUUAUGAAACAACACUCCGAUCCUAGCUUCGAUUUUGCUUCAAUCGUCGCCAAGUACCUGUUCAAAAUCCUCAAUCCAUGGCCUUCUCGAAUCGGAGUAUUUUGUAUUUUCAUAGUUUACCUAUUCACUGCAAUUCAUUACGCCAUUGGGUUACCUCUAGGACUGGAUCUGAAAUUAUUGGCUCCAGAUGAUUCAUAUGUGUCGAAAGAGUUAGAAGCACAAGAGAGGCUAUUUGCGGAUUACGGUGGAUUCUGUUUUGCACUGGUACGAGCUAAAAAUAUAUCGAUUCGAGAUCCGAUGGUACGAAGAGAUCUGAUGAGGUUGUAUCAUGAUUUGGGAGGAAGUGAAUACAGCUCGCCUGCGGAGUUCUGGCUUCAACCGUUCGAAAAAAGUCGACGAGGAAAGAAGUAUUCAGAAUCCGACUUUUCAGAUGAACUUCACACAUUUCUGGCAAAAGAACCUCAUUUGAAGUUUCGAAAUGACAUUCGUUUCACGAUGACUGGAAAGAUUGAAGCGAUCAAAAUGAUGUUUCGAGUGAGGAGACUGGGAAAGGAUAAUGAUGCUCCGAGAGCAGAAUACAUGAGGAGAAUAAUGGAGACAAGUGGAUUCAGUGGAUUCGUUUAUGAUACAAGUUUCUUAUUGGUAGAUCAACAAAUGACUACGGUUUAUAAUGUUAUCAUUGAUGUAGUGUCAGCAAUUCUAACGAUGCUUUCAAUAUGUGUUCUGAUGGUCCCUCGACCCGUCUCUGCAAUGUGUAUUGCAUUUGCCAUCCUCUCUGUAAAUAUUGGAGUAAUUGGUGCCUUGGCAGCCACUAACACUCGACUUGACAUCAUCUCCAUGAUAACAAUUGUUAUGAGUGUUGGUUUCUCAGUCGAUUAUGUAACACAUACCACUUUUCAUUUUGUUAUUCAGAGAGACAAUCGUCUAGAGAAAUGUCUUCUUGUUAUGACGGAACCAAUCUUACAGUCUGCUCUAUCCACUGCAAUCGGAGUCUCUUUGCUGUCUUUCGUUCAUUCUUAUAUUGUCAGAACUUUUGUGAAUACCGUAUUCUUUGUAGUCGGAUUGGGAAUACUUCAUGGGUUGAUAUUCCUUCCAGUUCUUCUGGAUACAAUUGUUCCAGAUUCUGAGUAUAUGGUGGCUUAUGAGCCACAUCAAGAUGAAGAAGAAAGUCAUUAUGAAGAUCCUUAUGGGUUAUGA